AUGUUGUAUAGUAUAACACAAGCCAAGAAAUUCUCGAAGAUCUGUGAGGUUGGAGCUGGGCCAGGACUAGGAGCGAGGAUGUUCAUCGGAAAUAUCAUGAAGAAGGGAGCUUAUUAUUUCUGCAGUGAUUUGUCUGACGAGAUGAUGAAAGCUUUUUAUAGAAACUUCCAGAACUGUGACUCAGCUCUGAACCCAAGAGUGAAGCUAAAAUGGAUUAAAGAUUUUGAAACCAUUGAUGUCAACCAACAAGUUGGAGACAUGGGAGAAGAUAUUGACAAGAAAUUAUUUUUAGUUAAAGCAAAUAAUGAGAAGCUUCCAUACCCAGACGGAUGCUUUGAUUUGUAUAUCUCAAGUUUAUCGCUCGAGCAUGUUGACAAUUAUAUGAACCAACUCAAUGAGUCUUACAGAGUUUUGGAGACUGGAGGGGUCGCAGGAUUUACUGUUCCUGGGAGACGUGAAAAUUGUAAUAUGCUAAGUUUAGUGCCUGACGUACUUGAGAGCCUCGGUCAUGAAAUCCCUCCGCCUCUUCACAAGCAUCCAACUUAUUUGAGCGAUAAAGAAACUAUGGAAAAAGAUCUUAGAAAUGUUGGAUUUAGUAUUGUGAAAAUGUAUUAUACUGAAGGAAAUAUUAUUAUAAAAAACGUAACGGAGGUGAAAGAUAUUAUAAUAAAGUCUCCAAACAUGUGCAGAAACUUGGAAAAAUUAACAGAAGAGCAGAAGGAAGAAUUCUUUGAAGAGCUUCAGAAACAAUGGAGCUUGAAGUAUGGACCAGACACUACAGAGCCAUUGCACCAAGAACUCCUUGUCAUCAUUGCUACCAAAUAG